AUGAAAUAAAUUUAACAUCAUGACUUCAAUACCAUAAAUUACUCAACUGACAAUAAUAUCAAUAUUAAAUAAGUACUGAUUAAGAAAAUAGGGAAUAAUGAAAAUAUUAUUGAAUUCUUAAAAUAUUUAGUGCAUCUCACUUCCUUUGAUAAUAAUUUCAUUUAAAUUGGGUCAAAUUCUCUUCAUUUAUUAGUUGAAAUGAAUGUUGAUCUGAAGAUGCAAUCUUUUACAAAUAUUAAAAUUAAAAACACUUCGUUGUUAAGAUCUAAUUUUGCCAAAAGCGACUUGAGUGGAUCUGAAUUUGACAAUGUCAUUAUCAGUGGAAUAAAUUUAAACGGAGCUAAAUUAUUUAAUUGUAAAUGGAAGAAUUUAAGAAUAAAUGAAUUAUAGUAGUUAAAUGGUCAUUUUGCUUCUGUCAAUUCGGUUUGCUUUUCUUCAGAUGGUAAUUCAUUAGCUUCUGGUAGUGAUGAUAAUUCCAUUCGAUUGUGGAAUAUAAAAACAGGAAAAAUAAAAUUGAUGCUAGUAGAUCGUAGUUAAGUUUAAUAAAUAUGUUUCUCACCUAAUGGUUCUACUUUAGCAUCAUGUGGCUCAAGUAGGUCGAUCUAUUUCUGGAAUCUUAAAACAAGAAGAAAAACAUUCGAAUUGAAAAGCGAUUUUUAAGUUUACAAAACAAUAUCCUUUUCUCCUGAUGGUACAAUAUUAGCAUCUUGUCAUCUUGAUAUGUCAAUCAGAUUAUGGGAUGUUUAAACUAGAUAAUAAAAAUUUUAGCUAAUUGGGCAUACCUGGUCCAUCUGCUCAGUUUGCUUUUCGCCAGAUGGUGCCACUUUGGCAUCUGGGAGUAGAGAUACAUCUAUCAGGUUUUGGAAUGUUAAAACAGGGUAACUAAAACUUCUGGCGAAUAUUGAUGAUAGUCCUAUCAAUCAUAUAUGCUUUUCUCCUGAUGGUGCGGUAUUAGCAUGCAGUAGUAAGAAAAAGUCUAUUUGGUUAUGGGAUGUUAAAAAAUAGCGAAAACAAUAUUAAUUAAAUGGUCACACAGAAUCAGUCCAAUCAGUAUGUUUCUCUCCUGAUGGGAAGAUAUUAGCAUCGGGAAGUCAAGAUAAUUCAAUCUUCUUAUGGGAUAUUCAAACAGGAAAGAAAUCACAAUUGCAUGGUCAUACUGGAACAGUGCAUUCAUUAUGUUUUUCUCCUGAUGGCUAUUCAUUAGUAUCUUGCAGUGAUAAAUAAGAUCAAUCCAUAUUUGGGAUGUUUAAACAGGACUAAAAAAAUAUGAACCUUAAGGUCACACUAAUACAGUCACAUCAGUGUGCUUUUCUUUAGAUCAAAAAACAUUAGCCUCAAGUAGUAAAGAUAAUACCAUCCGUUUAUGGGAUAUUCAAACAGGUCAAUAAAAAUCUUAAUUAAAUGGUCAUAAAUAAGUAAUCAAUUCAAUUUGCUUUUCUUCAGAUGGUUAAACAUUGGCAUCAGGUAGUGAAGAUAAAUCUAUCUGUUUAUGGGAUGUUUAAUCAGGAUAAUAAAUAUCUGUAUUAAUUGGUCAUAGUGAGAGUGUCACAUCAAUAUGUUUUUUUCCUAAUGAUACAAUAUUAGCAUCUGGUAGCUAAGAUAGGGUUAUCUGGUUGUGGGAUGUCAAUACUGGACAAAAAAAAAUAUGAUGUAAAUUCCAUAUGCUGUUCUUCUGAUUCUUUAACAUUAGCGUCUGGUAGUAGAGAUACAUAUAUCUGCUUAUGGGAUGCUAAAUCAGGAUAACUAAAAUCUUAAUUAGACGGUCAUUUUGGAUGGGUGUUAUGUUUAUGCUUUUCUCCUGAUUGUUCUAUAUUAGCAUCUGGCUAUGAUGAUAAUGCUAUCCGUUUAUGGGAUAUUAAAACAGGGCAGUAAAAAUUCUAAUUAAAUGGCCAUACUUGGGGUAUCAAUUCUCUAUGUUUUUCUCCUGAUGGCACAACAUUAGUAUCAAGUGGUGGGGGAAACUCCAUUCUUUUUUGGAAUGUUAAUACUGGAAGGCAAAAUUCUUACUUACAUGACCAUAAUAAAUAUACAAUGUCAGUAUAAUUUUCUCCUGAUGGUACUAAAUUAGUAUCUGGAGGAAAUAACUCAAUUUGUUUAUGGGAUAUUUAACGAUGUAGACAAACGUUUUAAUUAUUAGGUGUUACUGGAAGUGUUAAAUCAAUAUACUUUAUCCCUAAUUGUAAGACAAUAGCAACCUUAAGUUAAGACAACUAAACCUGUUUUUGGGAUAGCAAAACAGGGAAAUAACUUUAUAUUUCAAAUAUAGAUAAUUAAGAUGACUUUACAAAAUUGUUAACGAAAAAUUAGCAUUUUUGCUUGGAAUUAAUAGAAGAAUAUGGUAUUGAUUUGUUUUAUUUAGUUAACACAAUUAUAAUUUCUAAUUAUCCAAUUUUUUCAGCAUAAGGAGCAUUAAUUUUGAAAGGAGAAUUUACAAAUUAUUUUGAUUUAGACUUACUAACAUUAUUUAAAUAAAAGGGGGCUUGUAUUUUGGAAAGUUAUUUUUAUGAAAAACAAAGGCAAGCCAAGAUUGAAUAUCUUGAAGAAAAAUAGCCAUAAUGA